AAUUUUAUAUAUUGAAUGCCACGUGGGAUUCUCAACCCAGUUUUAUGCUCAACAAUUUUAAGAGUUGAAGACCAAUGCUAAAAAGAGUAAAUACAGAAGUUGGAAGUACAUUCUGGCAAUUUUGGCCAGCAAGAUGCUUUUGGAGAGGUUGCCACAAAGAGGAGGAAGUCGAUUUAUUUUCCAAAGUGCCAGAGGGCAGGACAAGAAACGAUGGAUGGAAACUAAUUAAGGUUUAUAAUCCUAACGUAGCUUAGCCUUGCAAUAGAGAUGCCCAUGGACACCUUGUCUUCUAAGCCAUUUGAGAGAAGCAGGCUGCUUUUCUCACUGGCUUGUGAACAUGUUGGAUGGAGGGGAACCUUGGAAAUUCUGCGGCCAGUACACAGGCGGCUUUUUACAGGAAAUGACUGAGCAAAGCUAAGUUCCUCCUGUUGAGGGCAAGGCCAAAACUGAAGCUCCUUGUAGAGCAACAGACAACUGCCGGACCAAGGUAUGGGUUUCUGCAACUAAUCGGCAGCAUUGACCAGGAAGAUGGAUGAAGGAGUGAUCCCAGACCUGCCACCUCAAUCCCCUGCCUCUGUCAAGGCUUACGGAACCAUGGAAUCAGCUGAGCAACCUCAAGGAUCAUCAAAGCCACCCACCAGACGGGCUUACAUCGCUAUUGCUACGCUUUGCCAUCUGAACCUGGUGAAUUACAUGGAUUGGUUUCUUGUAGCAGGAGUGCUUCUCGACAUCCAGAAAUUCUUUAAUCUUACAGACCAGACUACAGGCCUGUUACACACUGUUUUCAUUCUCUGUUUCUUGUUCUCGGCUCCUGUUUUUGGAUACCUUGGGGACCGAUACAAUCAGAAAAUCAUCCUCUGCAUCGGAAUAUCCUUCUGGUCAACUGUUACCUUUUGUAGCUCCUUCAUUCCUGCCUCGAUGCCCUGGCUGUUUUUUAUUUCACGGGGACUGGUGGGUGCUGGUACCUCCAGUUACUCCACCAUAGCACCCACCAUCAUUGCUGACUUGUUCGAGAAAGACUAUCGGACGUGGAUGUUGUCAGUCUUCUACAUCUUCAUACCUGUUGGAAGCGGACUCGGUUAUAUCCUGUCAUCUGGAGUGGCGCGUGCAAGCGGUUUCUGGGGCUGGGGCUUCAGGGUUACUCCUUUUAUGGGAAUUACAGGCUUGAUUCUCCUAAUUCUUUUAGUCCCUAAACCAAAGAACAAGACGCUCGUAGCUGGCAAGAGUACCAGAACCUCAAACUGGUUCAAAGACAUUUCUUCUCUUUGCAAAAACUGGAGCUUUAUAGGAUCCUCGCUGGGUGUAACUUGCAUGGGUUUCAUCACUGGUGCUCUCGGUUUCUGGAUUCCUGUGUUUCUUUACAGAGCUGAGGUUGUUUUGGAUAUUAUACAACCAUGCAGCAAAAACCCAUGUGAAAGCCACAACAGUGAGAUAUUUGGAGGGAUCACCAUAGCAACUGGCAUUUUGGGGGUCGUCAUUGGAGCAGAAGCUGCCCGAAGAUACAAGAAGGUUAACACCAAGGCUGACCCUCUUAUCUGUGCGAUGGGCUUGCUCUGUUCAUCUCCAUGCAUGUACUUGGCUAUUAUGCUGGCUGGGAAGAGCAUUGUAGCUGCAUAUAUUUUUAUUGCCCUUGCGGUGUUUUUUUUAUCUUUAAACUGGGCCAUUGUGGCUGACAUCCUCUUGUAUGUAGUGAAACCCGCCUGUCAAUCAACUGCACUUUCUCUUCAAAUUUUUAUGAGCCAUUUGCUGGGUGAUGCUGGCAGCCCCUACCUCAUUGGGAUUAUUGCAAAUACAAUCAAAGUGCACCAAAGAGAUAAUUCCACUUUCUGGGAUUUCCAGAGUCUGAAAUACAGUUUUGUGGUUUGCAUUUUUGUUGGUGUCCUUGGAGGAGGCUGUUUCCUCCUGACGGCUGUUCAUAUUGAAGAAGAUUCGAAGAAAGCUGCAGCGCCAACAACACCGCCAGCAACACCAAGACAAGAUUAACAGAGUUGGAAGGGACCUUGUAGGUCAUCUAGUUCAACCCCCCCACCCAAGCAGACCCUACACCAUUUUUGACAGAUGGCAGUCCAGUCUCUUCUUGAAAGUCUCAAGUGAUGAAGCUCACACAACUUCCGAAGGCAAACUGUUCCAUUGGUUGAUUGUUCUCACUGUCAGAAAGUUCCUCCUCAUUUCUAGGUUGAAUCUCUCCUUGUUUAGUUUUCAUCCAUUAUUUCUUGUCUGGCCUUCAGAUGCUUUGGAAUAUAGCUUGACCCCUUCCUCUCUAUGGCAGCCCCUCAGAUAUUGGAACACUGCUAUCAUGUCUCCCCUGGUCCUUCUCUUCACUAGCCAGGCCCAGUUCCUGCAACCGUUCAUUGUAUGUUUUAGCCAGCAGUCCCCUAAUCAUCUUGGUUGCUCUUCUCUGCACUUUUUAUUUAUUUAUUUUUAUUUUUAUUUAUUUUUAAUUUGUCAAUCACAAAUAAGGUAACAGGUAAAAGUAUAAACAUAAUUUGGAUACAUGAAAAGAAUAAGUAAAAAAAAAAAAGAAUAUUAGGACAGGGAUGAUAGGCAGGCGGGUUCACUUAUGCACGCCCCUUACAGAACUCUUAGGAAUGGGGUGAGGUCAACUGUAGACAGUUUAAGCUUAAAGUUUUGGGGGUUUGGGGAAGAAACUACAGUCAGGUAGUGCAUUCCAGGCAUUGACCACUCUGUUACUGAAGUCAUAAUUUCUGCAAUCAAGUUUGGAGCGGUUUACCUUGGGUUUGUAUCUAUUAUUUGCUUGUGUAUUAUGGUGGUUGAAGCUGAAGUAGUCAUUGGCAGUAGGACAUUGUGGUAGAUAAUUUUAUGUACUAUGCUUAGGUCAGAUUGAAGUCUGCAUAGUUCUAAAUUGUAUAAGCCCAAAAUUUGGAGUCUGGUGGCAUAAGGUAUUUAAUUGUGAGCAGAGGAGCUCAACAUCUUUUUUAUAGUGUGGUGACCAAAACCGAAUGCAGUACUCUAGGUGUGGUCUUACUUAUUUCCAUUUUCAUUGUUUUAGAAAUAAUAAUCUUUUAUGAUUUUAAUGCUUUUAAAAUGCUAAAUUUAGUAAAUAAAGCACUUUCCAUGUAUCAGACUGCUACUUAAAAGUAAGCUUCAUGAUCAGAAAAGUGCGAUGAUUGGUGACAUUAAUAGAAUUUUUUGUUGUUGCUCUAAACACUGGGCAUAUCAUAACUGGCCUAGAUUGGAAGAUGAUAGAUUUCAUUCCUUUGAAAGUUCUUCUGAAUCCAUUUCCCUUUAGCCCAGAAAUAUUUUAUGAUCUCUCAAGAAGCCUAAGGCAAUAAACUCCAUUCACUUUUGCUUUGUUAUUGUACAACAAUGCUGCCAAGUCAUCUUGGUUAGGGGAAAGACUCAUUUAUUUGCUGUUUAGAUCUGUAUCCUGCCCCCAGGAGCUUAAGAUGGCCAAGAUUGUCCCAUAUUCACUCAGAGAGGCUUUUGGGAAAUUGGAGUCAAGUUUCAAAUGAUACCAGUCAAUGAAACUGUUAUAGUAAAUUUCCCUCAGAAGGUUGGAUGGUGAUGGACUUUGAAUUCCCUUCCAGAUAUUCCCCUGAUCAAGUAAACAUUUUCAUUUAUUUGAAAGCUUUAUAGAUCACCCAGCAAAUGGAAUUUCAGAUCUGUAUCUAAACAUAAAUGUACACACACGGCGGAACUAAAACACAAAACAUAAAUCCUUAAAAAUAAAUCUAAAGAACGGAAAUACAUCAGCUAGGUUGAUUCCCUACCCAAUCAGAAUAAAAAUUCAAUCAGUAUUAAAAUCUCCAGAGAAAUAGGAAUGUUCUAAAAUAAAAUGGGAAAGGACCAUUUCAUUCAAUGCCCUCCUGAGGAAUCCAUUAGUUAAAGUGGAGACUCAAGAUAAAGUCUACCCUCAGCCAUGGAAGAUGACUAAUUGUGGAGCAACCGGGGUGGGAUAGUAAAUUUUUAGCAACCAGUUCUCUGCCUAGUGCCUGGGUAGGCAUGGCCAUGGGGGCGUAGCCUAUUCGGCCUCCUGAACCAUGGCAGGGUGGUGUUUUCACCCUCCCCAGGCUCUGGAGGCUUUUCCUAAGCCUCUGAGAUUGUGGAAACGGCCUCCCCUGGGCUCUAGAGGCCCUCCGGAGGCCAGAAACAGAUGCGUUUCUGGUCUUCCAGGACUUCUGGGAGACCCGUUUUUCACCCUCCUAGAACCUCUGCACGGGCCCUGCAUUUACCUGACAUCCAAAACGGGCCGCGUGGAGACUCCUGGGAGGGGAGAGGUGGGGUGGGCAGGGCCAGCCAGUCCUUGCAAAUACCAGUUCGGCGAACCAGAUGUAAAAUUAGCAUCUGGUUCACCCAAACUGGUCCAAACCGGCUGAAUCCCACCCCUGGGAGCAACCUAUCACAAAGGUUUGCUCUUGUGGGGAGAAAAACAGUAGUGGGAAAUGAUCCCUUAAAGUUCAUAAACAUGUCAAGGUAUAAAUGAAAGUGGACUAUUACUUCCUGUAUUUUGGAAAUGCACUGUAGUGGUGGCCCAAUACUGGCUUAUUUGGAGUCAUACCACUCUGAUUUCAACUGGCAAACUGUUAUUACUCCUUCCCUAAUGAAGGAACAUGUAACUCCUGAAAUACUUCUUCCAGUUCUUUGUACAGUCCCAUUAGCUAUUGCAUUCAGGAUUGGGGGCAAUGGUACUCCCAGUUAGUUGUUCUGAAAACCAGGUAAUCACAAAAUGUAGUUUGCAGGAGGUAAAAAAAAAAAAAUCAAGAUGGUAGCCAUUGUGAUGUGAUUAUGCAUAAAAAAUAGGCGGUAUUUCAGUUGCACAAUUCUGGCUGCCAUCUUGACAUUUUUAAAAUUAUAAAUUAUAAUUAUAAUUAUAAUUAUAAAUUAUAAAUUUAUUAUAAAUUAUAAAUUAUAAAAUUGUGCGUGCAUAAGCGCACAAACGUGCCUACCGUUCCUGUCCUAUUGUUUUUCUUUUCUUCUUCCUAUAUAUAU